UUUUGCAAGCUUAAGAUAAUCGUUUCAUCGUUCUUCGGCUUCCUUCUCCACGCAUCCAGUUUUAGGUUCCCCACGCAAUUGCCAAUUCAAAAGCAAGGUCCAGUUGUCGAAGCAGUACGAUUUUCUAUUUCUGGACUCAAAGCCCUAAUUUCUUCUAAAGAAGAAUACAAGAAAUGGAAGAUCGCGUCAUUCGCACUUUUGGAAUCCUUCUUCUUCUUCGAUUGGAUCUUGUAAUUUGUUAAUGGACGAUUUGAUUGGGACUGAGACCGCCGUUUCCUUGACUUCGAAUACAGAGGAAACCGAAGAGAAAUUAACUCACGCCUAUUUCGAUCGUCCUCAUAAUUGCAACAAUUUCCACGGUUUUACCGAGCUAAAUCAGCGAUGUGUGCCGAAAAAGCAGUUUCCACCGCCAAUUCCUUCUCUAGCUACACAGGCAGGGCAACAAACCCGGUCGCCAUGGAUUUUAACAAGAUAUUACUCCGAUAGAAGGUUGAUUUUGAAACUGGAAAGAGUCGGGAAUCAUCAGUCCAUGGAAUCGCACCGCGAAAAUGGCCGUCUGAUUCUCAAUCUCGUACCGUCACCAGUACCGGGCGUCCAUAAUCAGGAUCUCCAGUUCAUCGAAGAGGACGAAGGAAAUGAGGAGAUCGACUCGAUUGAAAGCGAAGGAGGAGAAGAUUGUACAGUUCCUGAAAUUUCUUCCGAGAGUUUUACAUACGGCGGCGAUGGCGUCGACAGCGGAGUGUUUUGUGAUCGGAAACUGUUUUGUGGUGUAAAUGGGAAUUUAGAAGAACGACAUGUCGUCCACGGACAUUUUGACUCGACUCCUCUUCGUCCGAUAGGUACAGUUAUGUGAUUUAGUAAAAGAUGAGCGUGCAGAUUUUUUGAAGUCUUUUUUCGACGUUUUUCUUUUUCUUUUAAUUUUCAGUUUAACCAAUAGAAAUAUUUCGGCUUUUAAUUAUUUUUUUUUAGCUAAUUUUAUUUUCAAUUUAGUUUCUUGUAUACAUUUUUUCUUUUUCUCUUUUUUUAAUUUCCUCUCCAUUAGAAAAUGUUAGAACUGCUUGUUAAACUCAAUAUUAUUCUCUGAUUACCAUAAUUAUUCACCCACCAAAAUAAAUGGACGCAAUUGACAAAAUAUAAAAAUAAAAAAUGUAAUUUAACCUAAUUUUGUAUUACACCAAUUUACA